AUGGCGAUUCCGAUAGAAAAACUUGGGCUGGAGCAUCUCCUUCAGGAGAGAGUGUAUAUAAAGUGGGUUGAUGAUGAAGGUAAUCCUUAUGCAAUGGGUUCUUGCUUGGCUGGCAACAAAGAUGAUAGCAACCUUCAUAUGAAAGUGGUCUGCGAUUCAGAAAGACGUAUUCAUGUCUAUUUCUCCCUCAACGUGACUUACAGGCACAACGGCAAAUAUCGUCAAAUGGAGAUGUUAUUGGCUGUCCCACCACAUGGUGACUUUAAAUCUUCCUUGAAGUUUCUUUCAAUAUCAGGGCUUGAUGAUUUGUCCUCUUCUGACGCAUCUGACCUCCACGAAGCCGGUAUAAGCAAAUUGGAGCAUAUCAUUCUCCUACCAUUCGAUCUGCGUUUUACAGGAUUUGUUGUUAGAAAGGAGAAAAAAUUUGCGACUAUCGUACCCGACAACCCUACCUCGAGCAAAUUGAUCCGGACACUCAUAUCUUUAUCUCGUACAAAGAGCUUUAAUGUAUAUAUCAGACCUAGCGACUACGCGCGGGAACAUUUGAAAGUGGUUCACGAGCUCUUGUGUGAUAAGAGCGUAUCGAUCUGCGAACCUGACAUGCGAAAGAUAUACUCUCAACCAGACAUUAUACUAGUGGAUUGGGCCAAGAUUAUUUAUCAGGAAGGGAAGGACAGAUUACUAUCACCACCACCCGCCAAACAUGAUGCACAAAGGUCAACGGAAGUGCAAGUUCCUCAGUCACCUCCUCCGCCACCACCCGCCAAACCCGAUUGCGAAGAGCCAUCAGAUGUCCCAGAAAACUUAGAUCCUAACGAUUUUUACCAAGAUUCAGGACAUGUCGAAACAUAUCCUGAGGUGGACUCGGAUGAGGAAUGUCUUGCCGCGUUGAAUGACCAGCAACUCAGACGAGACGCAAGCUCAGAGGCUCGUCGGUCAGAAUUUAAAGAGUGGUUAAAUGCAGCAAUGGCAAUAAACGAAAAUAUUUAUGGACACAGAGGACUGACCCAAAAGUUAUCCGCUCUUGGUCAAAGUGUCCGCACGUCGAAUGUCCGUAUGUUUGACGCCAUUAGACCUUGGUGCUCUGCACUAUUCUUAUGCGACCCUACAGAUUCAAGCGGACGGAUGGAUGAAUGGUUUGUCUCGGACAUGGCUAAGCUCAUCAGAUGGGUUAACAUGCUUCACCGUGGCGCUGAGAUGACUCUUCUGAUGGACGAUUUUCUAAAGCUUGGUAGCUCUGCUCGCGCAUGUGAUAAGGACCAGUAUAGGCUUCACAAAGUCGACUUUCUACUUCGCGUGUUUAUGGAGUUUAAUCAGUCAAGUAUCAGUGUCAACGGGGUGAGCAGGAAGGUCUUGUUGUCCCGAAAAAGUAAUGUCUUGGGAACUAGUGCCACUGCGUCCAAGCGAGCUAGAACAGCUGCGUAA